AUGCUCGCCCUCGUCACCCUCGCCGUCGCCCUCGCUGGUUCCGCGCUCGCUGCGCCCGCCGACAUCGUCAAGCGCCAGACUGUCGACGACACCACGGUACUCAACUACGCGCUCACCCUCGAGCAUCUCGAGAACACGUUCUACGCGGAGGGUCUUGCCAAAUACGACGCCGCCGCGUUCAAGAACGCCGGCUUCCCCGACUGGGUGCGCGGCCGUGUCAGCCAGAUCGCGGAGCACGAAGCGUCGCACGUCAAGUUCCUCUCCACCGCCCUCGGAAACGCGGCGACCAAGCCAUGCACCUACAACUUCCCAUACACGGACCCGAAGUCUUUCCUCGCUCUGUCCAUGGCGCUUGAGGGCACUGGCACCUCGGCAUACUUGGGCGCCGCUCAGCUCAUCUCCAACAAGGAUUAUCUGACUGCUGCUGGCUCUAUCCUCACGACGGAAGCCCGCCAUGAUGCGUGGAUUUCCUCCGCCGUUCGCAAAGAGGCGGCGUGGAACCUGCCGUACGAUACUCCGCUCGGUCUCAGCGGCGUGUACUCCAUUGCCUCGCAAUUCAUCACGAGCUGCCCUAGCAGCAACCCCACUCUGCCGGUGACCACCUAUCCCUCCUUCUCUCUCACCCCGGCCGCGCCCGCCGUUGGCGAGAAGGUGAAGAUGAACUUCGACAACAAGGAUAACAAUUCGCCCCUCUACGUCGCGUACUACUCCGGUCUCAACGUCUUCUACUCGGACGUGGCCAGCGACGGCACGACGACCAUCCCCUCGGACCUGAAGAACGCGGGCACGGUGUACGCGAGCGUUGUCAAGAGCAAGGACGCGACCCCUACCGACCAGACGACCCUCAGCGGGCUUACCAUUCUUUACUUCGCCUUCAACUCUGCCACGCAGCAGUUGUAG